CUGCGCCGCCCCGUGCUGCGGCCGCUGACCGAGGUGCGUUGCAGAGAGCGGCGGCUCCGAGAUGUCGGCGGGCAGCGGCAGCGGCGCGGGCGCCGCCGUGGAUGCUCGCCGCCCGUCCACCUGUCGCGUGGAGCUGGGUGCGCUGCUGGCGCCCGAACCGCGCCCCCUCGAUAACAAAGUCAAGCGGCACAGCAUCCAUGGCAUGACAGAGGAGGAGAACGUGGUGCGGCCACACCAGGAGAUGGCUGUGCUGUCCCUCGAAGAGAAGAAGUUCCUACUGGGUGUGGAACGCGGCGACGUGGCGGGCACGCGGCGGGUGUUGCAGCGCGCCAAAGACACGCAUCACAUCAACGUGGACUGUGUAGACCCACUCGGCCGCUCGGCGCUUCUUAUGGCCAUCGACAAUGAGAACCUCGAGAUGGUCGAGCUGCUGCUGGAAUUCGGCGUAGAGACACGCGACGCGUUGUUGCACGCCAUCUCCGAGGAGUUUGUCGAAGCUGUUGAGGCACUGCUCGAUCAUGAGGAACGCACGCGCAAGCCGGGCGAGCCGAACAGCUGGGAAGCGCUGCCCCCGGAGACGGCGACGUUUACUUCAGACAUCUCGCCGCUCAUCCUGGCGGCCCACCGCGACAGCUACGAGAUCAUCAAGCUGCUACUGGACCGCGGCGCGGCGCUGCCCGUGCCGCACGAUGUGCGCUGCGGCUGUGACGAAUGCGUGCACUCACGGAACGAGGACUCGCUGCGCCAUUCGCGCUCGCGCAUCAACGCCUACCGCGCACUAGCCUCGCCCUCCCUCAUUGCACUCUCCUCAAAGGACCCCAUCUUGACGGCGUUUGAGCUGUCGUGGGAGCUGCGGCGCUUGUCGGCGCUCGAGCACGAGUUCAAGACUGAGUAUCAAGAAUUGCGCGUCCAGUGCCAGGAGUUCGCCACGGCUCUGCUUGAUCACACGCGCACGUCUCACGAACUUCAGGUGUUGUUGAACCACGAGACGGGCUCUCCGCAGGCAGCGCCGACGGAGCCCGGCGCACCAGAGCUCAUGCGUCUGUCGCGGCUCAAGCUCGCCAUCAAAUUGCGUCAAAAGAAAUCCUGCUGAUCCUAGCGUCGCAGCGCAUCGAGACGGCGGCCAGCGUGUGGGGUGGCGCACCCGGCGGCGGCACCACUCCGGUUUAUCGUCGCGGCUCCGGACCCUCGCCAGUCGAGUGGCUCAUCCUCGCC